CGCGAGCCCGGAAGCGGACGGGGACGAAGGCGGUGGAGGCUGAGGUGCCUCCGGCCAGCCGGGGUUACGGCGGCGUCCUCGACCCUCCGCUCGUCUGGCACGGGGCCCGGCAGCCAUGCAUCACACGCCCCCGGGCCCGCUGGGCGACUGCUUGCGGGACUGGGAGGAGCUGCAGCAGGACUUCCAGAGCAUCCAGGAGACCCACCGGUUGUACCGCCUGAAGCUAGAGGAGCUGACCAAGCUGCAGAGCAAUUGUACCGGCUCCAUCACUCGGCAGAAGAAGCAGCUCCAGGAGCUAACACUUGGCCUGAAGAAAUGCAAACCCUCCCUUCCAGUGGGGGCAGAGGAGGCUGCGCAGGAGCUGGAGAACCAGAUAAAGGAGCGCCAAGGCCUCUUCUUCGAUAUGGAGUCCUAUUUGCCCAAGAAGAAUGGAUUGUACCUGAGCCUGGUGCUGGGCAACGUCAACGUGACACUCCUGAGCAAGCAGGCUAAGUUUGCCUACAAAGACGAGUACGAGAAGUUCAAGCUCUACCUCACCAUCAUCCUCAUCCUCAUCUCCUUCACGUGCCGCUUCCUCCUCAACUCCAGGGUGACAGAUGCCGCCUUCAACUUCCUGCUGGUCUGGUAUUACUGCACCCUGACCAUCCGAGAGAGCAUCCUCAUCAACAAUGGCUCCCGGAUCAAAGGCUGGUGGGUUUUCCAUCAUUAUGUGUCUACUUUCCUGUCGGGAGUCAUGCUGACAUGGCCCGACGGCCUCAUGUACCAGAAGUUCCGGAACCAAUUCCUGUCCUUCUCCAUGUACCAGAGCUUUGUGCAGUUCCUCCAGUAUUACUACCAGAGCGGCUGUCUGUACCGGCUGCGGGCCCUGGGCGAGAGGCACACUAUGGACCUCACUGUGGAGGGCUUCCAGUCCUGGAUGUGGCGGGGCCUCACCUUCCUGCUGCCCUUUCUUUUCUUUGGACAUUUCUGGCAGCUUUUUAACGCGCUGACGUUGUUCAGCCUGGCCCGGGACCCUGAGUGCAAAGAGUGGCAGGUGCUCAUGUGCGGCCUCCCUUUCCUCCUCCUCUUCCUUGGCAAUUUCUUUACCACCCUGCGGGUUGUGCACCAGAAAUUCCACUGUCAGCGGCGCGGGAGCAAGAAAGAAUGAGACUGCGCCUUCCCCUGCCAUCAGCCUGGAAGGGGCUUCUGUACACAUGUGUUGUUUGAGGGGGUGGGUGUUCCCCUCAUCCAAGAGGGUCUUUUCUGCUCUCCCUUGGUUUUGUGGGCUCUGUGGGCCCCAAAGGCUAUGCUGGAGAAGAACUGGACCUGUGUCCCAGCCUGCAGGGAUCUGGGGCCAGUGGCCUCAAUAAAAGAAGGGAGGCACAGAG